AUGCUCAAGGCACAGCGGGACGCCGCGGCCGCGCGAGCGGCCAACCGCCGGCCCCGGACGAUCACCAAGAAGCCGCGGGGCCCCGCGCGGCGCUCCGGCCGCCUCCAGGGCAGCGCGCCGGCGUUCGGCGCGCUGAACGAGGAGGCGCUCGCCGGCAAGUUCUUCCUGGGCGCGGACGACCGGCGCCGCACCUCGGCGGAGUUCCUCGCGGCGCUGGAGGCGGGGGGACUGCAGCUGAGUCAGUACGACGACGUGCGCGGCGAGGGCAACGAGGCGCUGAUGGCCAAGUACGAGGCGGCGCGGUGCAGCGGCAAGGGGCGCGGGACGUUCUACGACAGCAAGGCGGGGGUCACGUGCCACUUCUGCCGGCAGAAGAAGCUGUGCGGGGAGGACGACUGCCCGCGCUGCGCCCACCGCGACGUCGACGCGCCCUGCAUCGGCAAGAGCGAGUGCUCCAGGUGUCACGGCGCGACGGGCCGCUUCUGCAGGCAGUGCCUCCUCCUGCGUUACGGCCUGCACCUUGAGGACGUGCGCGCGGCGGUGGAGUCCGGCAAGGGCUGGCUGUGCCCGCACUGCUACGAGGACGAGCACCCGGACGAGGCCUGGAUCUGCAACUCGUCCAUUUGCAUGAAGCGACGCGGCAUGGUGCCCACCGGCAUCAUCAUCCACGAAGCGAACCGCCGCGGGUUCCUCUCGGCCGCGCACAUGGUGCAGGCGCAGCUCCUGCAGCACCGUGCGCGCGGGAGCAAAAAGAGCGAGGCGAAGGCCCCUGCGGCGACGGCGAGCGCCUCCGAGGCCACGGAGGAGGUCAGCGGCCACACGCGUGAGAACGUGCGCGACGAGGCGCCGGGGGCGACGCCGCGCGGCGGCAAGGGCGGGACAGCUGCGGCCAAGCGCGUGAAGCGGGCGACGCCGAGCGCGUCGCAAGGUGUUCCGAGGACCCCUCCGCAGAAGCGCCAGGCGCGGGGCGUGCCGGCGACGGAGACGGCCGUGUCGGCCGUGCGGCGCAACAGCCCGCGGCCGGGGCGGGCGUCGUUCGGGGGCGCGUCGGGCGCGGGUGGGCGCGAGACCAGCCCCUGCGCGUUCUCUCCGCCCCGGACGACGCACGUGCGGGAUCGCAGGGCCGUGCGCGCGUAG